UUAACUCUUACUGUUUGCAUAUUGGAAUUGCCGCAUGGAGCAGUGUACCUAGGAGCUUAUAAUGAAGAAGAAUGUGCUGCAAGAGCAUAUGAUUUGGCUGCCCUCAAGUAUUGGGGAACAUCAACUUUUACCAAUUUCCCGGUAUCUGAUUAUGAGAAAGAAAUUGAGAUAAUGGGGACUGUAACAAAAGAAGAAUACUUAGCCACUUUAAGAAGGAAAAGCAGCGGUUUUUCAAGAGGUGUAUCCAAGUACAGAGGAGUUGCAAGGCACCAUCAUAAUGGGAGAUGGGAAGCAAGGAUAGGGAGGGUGUUUGGAAACAAAUAUCUCUACCUUGGCACUUACAGUACUCAAGAGGAGGCAGCUCAUGCUUAUGAUAUAGCAGCAAUAGAAUACAGAGGGAUUAAUGCAGUAACCAACUUCGACCUGAGCACAUACAUCAGAUGGCUGAGACCAAGUCCCAAUUCUCUUGCUUCCCAAGAACAAAAGUUAAGCAUAGAGUCUCAGCCUAUGGGAGUUUUCUAUAACCCCACUCCAAGCAAGGGACCAUCCGAGCACUCCAAUUCCUUUACCAGAGAUGGAUUGGACACCCUUAGAAAACAGGACGUUUUCCAAAGUGAGAAACCCAUCCGUCCUUGCUCCUCUUCAUCGUCCCCAACUGCACUUGGCCUUCUCCUAAAAUCUUCACUAUUUAAAGAGCUCAUGGAGAGGAAUUUGAAUGCCACUGAAAAAGAAACUGAAGCGAAUGAGACAAAGUUGCCUCUGUAUACAGCAAUUGACAAUGAAGUUGGGGGGAACUUCUGGCAAUCAAACUGGUAAUCACUUACUUAAACGUGUUGUGCUGAAGGCCAUGCGUUGGCGUGGUUUGGAGUCUCCAUAUGAAAAGUGCAUAUUGCAUUGUUGUCAGCACUUCUGGAAUGGUACCUUUAGCAUCAUCCCUCACUAACAACCGCAACGCCUAUGUAAAAGCCUUUACCAAGUUUAAGAAAGCAUGUGUAUUGUGCUUUCUGGUUGUGCACCAUAGAUUACCUCUCGUUAAAUAAAGCGACUUGUGGGUGCGUUGGGAAAUUAAGUGUAACCGGUUCUAUCAACACUUCAAAAUAAAGCGAUUAAUCUGCUCUUUUUCUUUUU